AUGAGCAAUCCCCGGCCUUUGGAGGAGGAAGCCUAUGACAUGUCAGGUGCCCGCCUAGCCCUGACGCUGUGUGUCACCAAAGCCCGGGAAGGUUCGGAGGCAGACCUAGUCGCCCUGGAACGCAUGUUCCAGCAGCUGGGAUUUGAGAGCACCAUGAAGAAAGACCCCACUGCGCAGCAAUUCCAGGAAGAAAUGGAGAAAUUCCAGCAGGCCAUUGAUGCCCGAAAAGACUUCGUCAGCUGUGCUUUCGUGGUGCUCAUGGCACAUGGGCUAGAAGGUCAACUCAAAGGAGAAGACGAGCAGAUGGUUGAGCUGGAGAACCUCUUUGAGGUUCUCAAUAACAAGAACUGCCAGGCCCUGAAAGCCAAGCCUAAGGUGUACAUCGUGCAGGCCUGUCGAGGAGAACAAAAGGACCCUGGUGAAACAGUAGGCGGAGGCAAUAUUGAGAUGGUCACAGAAGACAAUCCCCAAACCAUCCCAACAUAUACGGACGCCCUCCACGUAUACUCCACGGUGGAGGGGUACCUUUCCUACAGACAUGACAAAGAAGGCUCCGGCUUCAUCCAGACCCUGGUUGAAGUGUUCACAGAGAGGAAAGGACCCAUCCUGGAUCUUCUGUCUGAGGUAACCCGGAGGAUGGCAGAAGCAGAGGUGGUUCAGGAAGGGGAAGCAAGGAAAGUGAACCCGGAAAUACAAAGCACCCUUCGGAAGCGACUCUAUCUGCAGUAG